AUGAUGACCCUCAUUUACAUGAUCCUAAACAUUCCCGCCUCAAUCACAGGUUCCUUCCUCACCAAAAAGUUUGGCCUCAGAUUUGGCAUGAUUCUCGUGGCGUGGUUAAAUUUCAUUGGUGGUUGCAUUCGAUGUUUAGGAUACAAAAAGGGAAACGAAACAUUCUUUUGGAUUGCAUUUGGUGGUCAGAUUUUCUGUGCCCUAGCUCAACCAUUGGCCUUAAAUAGUGCAACACUUUUGGCAUUUAAUUGGUUUGGUGAGAAGGAGAGAACUGUUGUGUCUGUGGUUAGUGUAUUGAUGGCCAUAUUUGGAGGUGGUGCUUCUUUUGCAAUUGGUCCAAGUUUACUAACUGCUGGAUCGACGGAUAUGUCAGGUUCUGAAUUUGGAAUGUUGACUUUUUUGGGAGCUCAGGUUUUGAUUGCCACGAUGAAUUUAUUGUUGGUUGUAGUAUUUUUCAAAGCAAAUCCUCCAACGCCACCUAUUCUACUCAAGAGCUCAAAAUCAGAAGAAACCAUUGCUUCCAUCAAUAGUGAGCCAGCAAUGGAGGACGAAAGUAGUCGAAAGAAUGACGAAACUUUAUCACUAAUUGACAUUGGCACAAAACAAACAUUCUUUGAAGGUGUCAAAUCAAUCAUCACAGACAUUCAUUUCAUCAACUUGGCUCUUGCCUUUACCUUUGUCAAUUCUGUAUUUAGCUCAUUCGCCUCAAUUCUAAAUCAAGUAAUUCAAUCGAAAGGAUACACACCAUUCGAUGGUUCCAAAUUCAACAUAAUCAUGAUGGUUUGCAGUGUGAUUGGAUCCAUCGUCAUGGGAAUUCUCUUUGACAAGACGAAACGUUACAAACUCAUUGCCAUGAUGAGCAGUUUAUUAGCAACUUUUGGAUUUGCAUGUUUUGCAACUGUCAUGAUUUGGAAUCGAUCUGAUUUUCUAUUUGGAAUGGGUUUAUUUUCUCAUUUGUUUAUUGGGCUAUUUGCCAUUCCAACACUUCCUCUCAUUGCACAAAUGAUUGCUGACGUGACCUUUCCAGUCUUACCUUCCACUUCGGCUGCUCUUGCUGGAGGUUUUGGAACUGUUUGUGCUGGAAUUUAUUUGAUUAUUAUUAAUUUUAUUCAGGAAUAUGUUUCGAAUGAAACUUCUUCGAUUGUGAUAUUGUGGAUGGAUGUUGGAAUGAUGCUAAUGUGUUUUAUCAUGUUGAGUUUAUUUAGAGGAAAAUUCAAAAGAACACUUUCAGAAAAAUCCUAA